AACCCUUCUUUCUCUCUCUGUCAUCGUCGAUUAUUCUGAGCGAGCUCAACGACCCUUCAGAUUCUUCUUUCUCUAUGAACGAUAUAUACACAGGUGUGCAGUAUAGCAUUUCUUGGAGAACCCAACUAUAUGUUCGUAUCUUCCUCAAAGUCAUCAUCUACCUUUUCCUCUAUUUCACCUGCAGGUCCUGCUUUAGUCUCUUCACCUUCUCUUCCCUCCUUAAAGUCCUCGCCCCCUUUCUAGCUACACCGUUUCCGAAUUUGGUACUUACCGGCCAUCGCCACCAUGAUCAUCGUGGAAGUGUUUGAUUCCUAGAUAGCUUCUUUUUUCUGCUACUACCUUUCUAACUUUUUCUCUCAAACCCAAAAGUCGUUUCUCCCUUUUCCUCCUUUCCAGCUUGAGGAGGGUAGCUAACGGCUAAUAAGUCUGACUUUAGUGUAAUUAAAAAGUAGGGAGGAUAUAGAGACGGUCAGGUGGCGAACCGGAGCAAGAGAUCGAGCCCAGUACUGCUCCCGAAAAUGGCUACACCGCCACCGAGUAGUAGCAGGCUCCGUGGCAUGUUACAGUCUGCAGUGCAAUCUGUUCAAUGGACUUACAGUCUCUUUUGGCAAAUCUGUCCCCAACAAGGGAUGUUAAUAUGGGCAGAUGGGUAUUACAAUGGGGCAAUCAAGACGAGGAAGACUGUGCAACCUAUGGAAGUGAGCUCUGAGGAGGCAUCUCUUCAAAGGAGCCAACAGCUUAGAGAGCUCUACGACUCACUGUCCGCGGGAGAAACAAACCAGCCAGCUCGCCGCCCUUGUGCUGCCUUGUCCCCGGAGGACUUAACUGAGUCGGAAUGGUUCUACUUGAUGUGUGUAUCUUUCUCAUUUCCCCCGGGAGUUGGGUUGCCGGGAAAAGCAUACACAAGGAGGCAACACGUAUGGCUCACUGGUGCAAAUGAAGUAGAUAGCAAAACCUUCUCCAGAGCUAUUUUAGCCAAGAGUGCUCGCGUUCAAACUGUAGUGUGCAUUCCUCUCUUAGACGGCGUCGUUGAGCUAGGCACAACAGAUAGGGUUCCAGAAGACCUUGCCUUCGUCCAACACGUCAAAACUUUCUUCGUCGACCACCACCACCUUCCACCACCAAAGCCCGCCCUCUCGGAGCACUCCACCUCCAACCCCGCCACCUCCUCCGACCACCACCCCCGUUUCCACUCUCCACAUCUCACCGCCAUCCGCAACAACGCUGCCGCAAACAACGCCCAGCCCCUCCACGCAGCCGCCCAAGAAGACGAAGAGGACGAGGACGAGGAAGAAGACGACCAGGAAGAAGAAGGAGAGUCCGACUCCGAAGCCGAAACCGGCCGUAACGGUCGUCCUCUCGCUGCUGCAGCGGGACCCAACGUUCCCGCAGCCGAGCCGAGCGAGCUAAUGCAGCUCGAAAUGUCCGAAGACAUCCGCCUCGGCUCCCCCGACGACGCCUCCAACAAUUUGGACUCGGACUUCCACAUGCUGACCGUCAGCCAGUCCGCCAACGCCGCCAAUCAGCAGCGCCAAGCAGACUCGUAUCGCGCCGAGUCGACCCGGCGGUGGCCUCCGGUCCAACCGCCAAUGACCGCUGUCCAACCACCUCCCUCAGGACCGCUGGCAUUGGAGGAAUUGACCCACGACGACACACACUAUUCGGAAACAGUGUCGACCAUACUUCAAACCACCAGGUGGACCGAUUCGUCGUCCAAUGACUACGUCACCUACUCCACCCAAUCAGCUUUCGCCAAGUGGACGAGCCGGGCUGACCACCAGCUCUUGGUUCCGGUCGAGGGCACAUCCCAGUGGCUCCUAAAGUACAUUUUGUUUAGUGUACCGUUCCUACAUACGAAAUAUCGGGACGAGAAUUCCCCCAAGUCUCACGACGUCGACGGCUCGAGCCGGUUGAGGAAGGGGACGUCACAAGACGAGCUAAGUGCUAACCAUGUGUUAGCGGAGCGGCGUCGUAGAGAGAAGCUUAAUGAGAGGUUUAUUAUAUUGAGGUCUUUGGUGCCUUUUGUGACAAAAAUGGACAAGGCCUCGAUUUUGGGGGAUACGAUCGAGUACGUGAAGCAACUGCGUAAGAAGAUUCAGGAUCUCGAGGCACGUAACGUGCAUUUGGAGGACGAUCAACGGACGAGAUCGGCGGGGGAGAUGCAACGGUCGAGUAGCAUGAAAGAGCUGCGAAGCGGGCUCACGGUGACGGAGCGCUCCCGCGUGGGCCCGCCCGGGUCGGACAAGAGGAAGUUGAGGAUUGUGGAGGGGAGUGGCGGAGCGGCGAUCGCUAAGCCUAAACUGAUAGAGGAACCGACACCACCUCCGCCACCAUUGGCACCGGAACCGGAACCGGCCCCGCCAACACCCAUGUUGACGGGGACGUCUCUAGAGGUGUCGAUAAUAGAGAGCGAUGGAUUGUUGGAGCUCCAAUGCCCGUACAGAGAAGGGUUGUUACUUGAUGUCAUGCAAACCCUACGAGAUCUCCGAAUUGAGACCACGGUUGUGCAAUCCUCGUUGAAUAGUGGCACCUUCGUAGCUGAGCUAAGGGCCAAGGUGGGCAAGAAAACAACCAUUACAGAAGUGAAGAGGGCAGUAAAUCAAGUGAUACCCCAAUCUGACUCUUAACAAUACGUAAUUAGUAUUAUGUUAGAGUUUGGCCUCUAGGGGAAUAGCUUAGUAUUUUCAUUGUACAAUAUAAGAACGGUUGCUGUUUAUUAUUGUCUCUCCAUGUAAUCUAACAAAACUGUAUUGGCUGUGAAAUUCAGCAGUGUUAAACAAGAACUGCAAAUCAAAAUACCUUUAUUUCA